GAGAGAGAGAGAGACAGCCCUUAAAGGGGGAGGAGUCUUUUCAACCGAUACUGGGAAACGAAGGGUUUUUUUUAUUGGGAAGUAUCGAGGGUGCAGCUAUACAGAGAAAAGGAACAGGCCACGUUUGGGGAAACUCGCGACAGAGAGAUCGGAGGGUCGCAGCGAUAGACAGAUCAAGAUCUUCGGAAGGACUGAGUGGAUUUCGCUGGGAACUGCAGCUCUGCUGUCGUGUGAAAUCUACCGACCUGUACAUUUCCUUCAGCAAUGGCUACGUUGUAUCUGAUUCCCUUCGUCUUGUUACUUCAAACCUGGACUGUUUGUGAUGCCCAGAACGUGAAAGUGGAACCCUUCAUUUACGGCUACGUGGGGAACCAGGCAAUCCUGCGGUGCCAGUUUGUGGAUCCUGACAACUCGCUCCAGGUCACACAGAUCACCUGGAUGAAGAACCCCACCACCAGUAAGGUGAACCUGGCUGUGUACAACCCCGACUUUGGCAUCAACUAUCCGACUGACACCGGCGGCCGCAUCCACUUUCGCAAGGUCACCAACACGGACGCCACGCUGAUCAUUGAUCGCCUGGAGAUGGCGGAUGAUGGGAUUUACAGUUGCGAGUUCGCUACCUACCCUGAUGGCAACCAGGAUGCUACCACCAACUUGACCAUCCUAGCCAAGCCAGAGAAUUCAGGCAAAACGAUCCUUGUCCAAGCUGGACACGCUGAAGUCCCCGUCGCCAGGUGUGUCUCUGCAAAUGGGAAGCCUCCAGCCACCAUCAACUGGUCAGGGGGCUCUGAGGGCAACGUUUCUGAGACUGUUACCAAAAACAACAACGGCACUUUCACAGUGACGAGCGAAUACUUGAUGAUUCCCACCGGUGACAACAACGGGGAGAAGCUGACCUGUGUGGUAAUGCAACAGGCACUCGAUCGGCCAGAGACCAUUCCCAUCACACUCUCUGUACAGUAUGCACCUAUCGUGAGCAUUGAGGGAUAUGAUGAAAACUGGUACCUGGACCGGGAGCAUGCUUCAUUGACCUGUAGCGCAAAAGCCAACCCCCAAACUUUGAAUUACAAAUGGCUCCUGAAUGGGAAACCCCUUCCUUCCUCCAUCCAGGUGGAUGGACACCAGCUCACUGUACGGGAUGUGAGUUACAUUGUCAAUGGCACCUUCACCUGCGAGGUCACCAACAGCCUGGGCACAGGUCGGGCGAAGAUGGACGUUGUGGUUCGUGAGGACCCAGUGGAUUCGGGAUCGACGACUGGAGCAAUUGUGGGUGGGAUCAUCGCUGCGAUCGUUAUCCUGACUGUGCUGGUCACUGCUGUCCUCAUCUUCAAGAGACAGAGGAAGAACACGGACGAGGAGGAAGAUGAUCUUGAACCCCCCAACUACAAGCCUCCUCCCCCAAAGAAGACCCUGGAGGGAAUUGACAAGGUUAUGAAAACAGAAGAUGAAAAGAUGGAAAGCAUCCCCAUUACCACGACCUACUUUGAGACUGGGGCAGAGGAAGAUAAUGGAAUGACUCUGACCCAGUAUUACGAUGAGCCGGGCCUGAACACUGAAGUGAAGUCUGCUAACAUUGCCGUGCGCCCUGGGGACUAUCUGGAGCAGGAGAACCCGAUUUACAAUGACCUCUCGUACAAUGAGCCUGAGGAACAUCGCAAGAGCCAGGAGUUUGUGUCGAAGGGCAUGUACGUGUAGGCCCCAGGCUUCUCCUGGCAAAGACCACUACAUCCCCCCCAUCCCCCAACCCCCGCCACCAUCCGUUCCAACCUCGUUAUUUGCCUUAACACUCACACGGCUGCACUUCCCUUCUCUCUUCCCUGACUGACACAGAAUUUCUACCUUCUGGGGGCUCGGAGGGUGGGAGUCUUCACACUCCAGUCUUGACGCUAUCGAUCCUUGACACUUUUUUGUUGGAAUUUGUCACGUUUGUCUUGGGAGACAGAGGGAGCUGGGCUGAGCCUGACCACUUUCCCUUUGGCACCCACACUCCCUCCCCCAUACCCCACCCCCACCUCCUCAGUGCCCCGUACCCAGUAAAAGAUACUAGGCCCUCAGAGCGUAAUAUGUGGCUUGGUCAUCACACUGUACACUACCAAGCCUGAGGUUGGGUUGGGGGUGGGAGGGGGCCUAGCUCUGUCCUCAUGGGGGUAUUGUUGGGGAUGGAAAUAAGGAGAUGGUUUUGUGUCAGGAGCUUAAAGCCCUUAAACUCCUCUCUGGUCCCCAUUCACCCCCCUCCCCGCCUACAUACUCGGCACUGCCCAGUUCUCAGGCAGAGGCUUAUUAAGAACAGACCUGUCCCAAACUUUGGGAAAUCAUGGUAACUCUGGGGACCUAAAGGAGCUGGUCGACGCUGGUGGGUGACAAUUCCAUUGCCUUUAACAACGACCACUCCCAGUCUCACUCCUGUUUAAUCAGUUGCCCAAUAUGGUUGCUCUCAAUUCCCCCCUACUGAACCCAUGUUCCUUCACUCUCAGCUCCCUACCCUCACCCCGUCUUCGGUGGAGAGAGAGAGAGCGCGCAUGAUUGUGCUUCAGGAAUUUGACUCCUGCCUUCUUAGAAGCUACAGCCGAUUUUGUAGGCUAGCAGGGAGAGCGUGGGUAAUAGGAGAGGGGUAUUGGGAAGGUGCUUAUGGUGGGCUGUUGUCAGAAUGGGGGUAUUGGAGAGGUCAAUGGGUAUGGGGAUUGGGUUGAGGGGGACAAGGUUGAAGUGCAGGUAAUUUGAGGAGGUGAGCGAUUGUCGGGCACUGAUGGGGAGGUAAAGGGGCAAACCUGCAGCCCCCAUACCCAAGGGUUGUGGAUAGGAUUCCAUUAAUCGGGAGUUACCGUUAAGUGUAUCACAGGGUAACCCACUCGGGUCAUAUCGCUCUCGCGCCCUUUCUCUCUCUCUGUCUGUCUCUCUCUGUCUGUCUGUCUGUGUUUUUCUCUCUCUCUCUCUCUCUCUCUCUCUCUCUGUCUGUCUCUUCUCUUCUCUUUACUUUGGCUGAGCUCUGGGAUUUGUAAAAGCCGCGGAGCUUGUGUCUGACUCUUUAACACUUACUGAGCUCAGAGGAGUUUGUUGUAUUAAGGAUAACUAAUAAUUCAAUCUUCCUGAACUCUGGUAUUGGGUAAAGUGCUACAGGGAGGAGCUGCAAGGGUAUUUCAGAUCCAGAAGCAAUUUUAAACAUCUGGGAUGGAAAAUCCCUCUCUUUCUUAUCCGGAAUUUAGAAGCAAUCCAAUUUAAAUUUCAUUAUAGUCCUGCAGAAUUAUUUAUUAUUUUUUGUUGAAAGUACCAUCUGCUUUGUGUUUUUAAAUCCAGUUUUCUGAGGGGCUAUUGUUGGGGCCAUAUAACAGUUGGUGAAGCCCUUCCAGGCUCUGGAACAGAGUUCCUCAUUCACCAAAAAUAUCCCUCUUUUUAAAAAAAAAUUUAAUGACCUUUUUUAAAAAAAAUACCAUUGGAGUGAAGAUUACAGGAGAAAUUAAGAGAUCACAGGCCUUAAAGGGUUAGGUCAGGGAUGACAUGAGAAGAAAAAUGAACGAGGGUGGGGUUGGUGAGAGGAAAAUGCAUUUAAAUUCUGUGUAAACCCAGCUGUGAAAUCCUGUUCUGGAACUGAUGCAGGAAAAAGCAUCCAGUUAACAUCUAUACAGACCUGUGAGAGAUGUCUCCAAUCAGUCCCACUACUUCCCCACAUCCUGCAACUGCUUCCUCUCCAAUUUAUUGCUACAGUCCCCCCCUUUAAAGAAUGUUCCUGUUGAACCUGAACCCUUUCAGUCUCAGAUUACAGUAGCACGGUGGCUCAGUGGUUAGCACUGCUGCCUCCUAGUACCAGGAACCCAUGUUCGAUUCCAUCCUCGGGCGA